GAUAUUCCCAUAGUCGAUGAGAUCAACGUGAUGCGAUGGCCGUUUGCCUAAUUUCUCUUUCAUUCGCUUCAUCUUCCUUCUCUCAAUCACUUUCUUCACUGUUUCCCACCCGAAAAUCUCCUCAUCCCGCCAUUGUUUUGCUGUAAUCAUUCCAUUUGAUCACAAAUUAGCUUCCUCGUUUCUUAAUCUUUCCAAUUUGUUUGCCUUUUUCUUUUCCCUCUCAUUUCUGUAAGAGUCUGAAGUGGUGGUCGAGCUUGCCUGCUUGUUGUUGCUAUGGCGAUUCCAGCGGCCCUGGUGAUCCUGCCAUUGGGCGUCCUCUUCUUCGUUUCUGGCCUCGUUGUCAAUCUCAUUCAGGCAACAUGCUUUGUCCUUAUAAGGCCGCUAACAAAAAAUGGAUACAGAAGGAUUAAUAGAUUGGUGGCAGAGCUAUUGUGGUUGGAGCUUGUUUGGCUAGUUGAUUGGUGGGCAGGUGUUAAGAUUAAAGUGUACGCAGAUCGUGAAACCCUUAAACUAAUGGGUAAAGAGCAUGCACUUGUUGUUUCUAACCACAGAAGUGAUAUUGAUUGGCUUGUUGGAUGGAUUCUAGCUCAGAGAUCUGGAUGUCUUGGCAGCACGCUAGCUGUAAUGAAGAAGUCGUCAAAGUUUCUGCCAGUUUUAGGUUGGUCAAUGUGGUUUUCAGAGUAUCUUUUUCUCGAAAGAAGCUGGGCCAAGGAUGAAAUUACUUUAAAGUCAGGCCUUUUACGGUUGAAGGACUUCCCUUUGCCUUUUUGGUUGGCACUUUUUGUAGAAGGGACUCGAUUUACUGAGGCAAAACUUCUGGCAGCUAAAGAGUAUGCCAUUGCAAAUGGAUUACCUGUUCCAAGAAAUGUUUUGAUUCCACGUACAAAGGGAUUUGUGUCAGCUGUUGGUCAUAUGCGCUCAUUUGUUCCAGCAAUUUAUGAUGUAACAGUAGCUAUUCCCAAAAGCUCACCUCCACCAACAAUGCUCAGACUCUUCAAGGGGCAGCCUUCUGUGGUACAUGUGCACAUUAAGCGACAUUCAAUGAAAGAACUGCCUGAGACAGAGGAUGCCAUUGCUCAAUGGUGUAGAGACAUGUUUGUGGCAAAGGAUGCACUGAUGGACAAGCAUGUAGCAGAAGACGCCUUUAACAAUGAAGAAUUACAGGACCUUGGUCGGCCAAUCAAGUCCCUCUUGGUAACAAUUUCAUGGACAUGUCUGCUCAUCUUGGGGUCUCUCAAGCUUCUUCAAGGCUCUGCCUUAUUAUCUUCAUGGAAAGGUCGUACAUUCUCAGCAUCUUGCCUCGCCAUUGUUACAGUCCUCAUGCAGAUCCUCAUACGUUUCUCCCAGUCCGAGCGGUCGACUCCUGCCAAGGUCACCCCGGCUAAGCCUAAGACCACCGGCGAACCACUCAACCCCAGACGACAGCAGCCAAAACAGAACUAGGCUCUAGACAGAGAGCUCACAUUUGCUCGAAACCUUGAUAUAUAUAUAUAUAUAUCUAUAUCUAUAUAUAUAUAUAUCUAUAUCUAUAUAUAUAUAUAUCUUUUACACGAUUGCUUGUUUAUCUGCAGUCGUAGGUUUUAUGAACUUAUACCCGUAUCUACUGUCAAUGUAUUGUAUGUCAACUCUUUUCCCUUCUCAGAUUAAACUCUUUGUCUCCAUAGCAUCGUGUAUUUUGCAGGCACCAAUUUGUCAUUCAAUUCUUUUGUUUAAAGAAACAAUAGCUUGAUUUUGACAGUUA